UGUUAAUCCUUCAUAGCGGCGCACAGUAAAGAAGCAGCGGCGGAAGCUAACAAAGCACUACUUGGGCUUCAUUUGAGUAGAUUUUUAACUAAUAACUUGCUAUGGCAGCAAUCAGGAAAAAGCUGGUCAUAGUGGGAGAUGGAGCCUGUGGGAAGACCUGUUUGCUCAUCGUGUUCAGUAAGGACCAGUUUCCAGAAGUCUACGUGCCCACAGUGUUUGAGAACUAUGUUGCUGACAUUGAAGUCGACAGCAAACAGGUCGAGUUAGCACUCUGGGAUACAGCAGGUCAAGAGGACUAUGACAGACUGCGCCCGCUCUCCUAUCCAGACACUGAUGUCAUUCUCAUGUGUUUCUCCAUUGACAGCCCUGACAGUCUUGAGAACAUCCCUGAGAAGUGGACCCCUGAAGUGAAACACUUCUGCCCUAAUGUUCCCAUUAUACUAGUGGGAAACAAAAAGGAUCUGCGUAAUGAUGAGCACACUCGGAGGGAACUUGCCAAAAUGAAGCAGGAACCCGUUAAACCUGAGGAUGGGCGGGACAUGGCUAACAGGAUUGGUGCCUUUGGAUACAUGGAGUGCUCUGCAAAAACAAAGGAUGGUGUGAGGGAAGUAUUCGAGAUGGCUACCAGGGCUGCACUACAGGCCAGGCGGGGAAAGAAGAGUAAUAAAUGCGUCCUACUGUAAAAGGAGGCAUGAGGACUGCUUCCUGGAGGGGGAAAGAAGGAGAAUUAGGUCAAACCUACCCCCAACACACCCACCCAAAAGACUGUUCUCCCCAGUUUUUACUAAAGAUGUAAUGCUUUUACUUUUCUUUUAUUUCUUUAUUUCUUUUUGGUCUUAAGCAAAACUAGUCAGGUUCUGUCAGUAUUCAACUUUGAAGUUAUGGAAAAUACUUUUUUUGUACUUAAACAUAAGUAAAUUUGCCAUAAUAAUCAAACCUCCUUUAUCCACACGUUCUAUGUAAUCAAAAAGGUCAGCGGGGGAACCGUAGUGUCAGCCUGCCAACUGCAGUUAAGUGCUAAAGCCCUGCGAGCUGAUCAGAGGAAUGUUUCCACAGCCAACUAGGGUUGAAGUACCUGCUCACUGUGACCCGUAGUCCUUUAAUUAUUGACAAACUCGUGCACACAAAGUCAAAAUUUGUUUGUGUUCUUCAUAAACAAAUCUGCAUUAUGAUCACAUGCACAAUGCGAGACUGGAAAAUCUUUUUGCUAAAAUGCAAAUGGAAACUUAGUGUUUUGUGUAAUAAAUUACUUUGUAAGAAUCUG